AUGAGUGACUCCAAGGAAGUGCGGGAGCAGCAGUUGGGCUCUCUGGGGUAUCUAACCCAUGGUCACAUCCCCCUGGUGCUACGGCUUCUGAUCCUCAUGCUCUUCCUUGUUCUUCUGGUGGCCAUCCUUGUUAAAGUCUCCAAGAUUUCCACCUCUCAGGAAAAAGAACAGUUAAAGCAAAAUGAGAUCUCCCAGAAAUUGACCCAGCUGAAAGUUGGAGUGGACCACCUGUGCCAAGCCUGCCCCUGGGACUGGACAUCCUUCCUAGGAAAUUGUUACUUAUUCUCCAUUACCCAACGGAACUGGCAUGACUCUGUCAACGCCUGCCAGGGAGUGGGAGCACAACUCGUUGUCAUCAAAAGUGAUGAGGAACAGAGAUUCCUGCAAAACACAUCUAAGAAUAAAGGCUACUCCUGGAUGGGUCUCUCAGACCUGAAACAUGAAGGCAUUUGGCACUGGGUGGAUGGUUCACCUCUGUCACCCAGCUUCACAAAGUAUUGGAAUGAAGGGGAACCCAACAAUGACUGGGAUGAAGAUUGUGCAGAAUUUAGAGAUGAAGGCUGGAAUGAUGCCCCUUGUAAACAAGAGAAAUUCUGGAUCUGCAAGAAGCCUGCAGCAGCCUGCUCUAUGGAGUGAAGUUUGGAUUCUCUACUGCCCCUGCAGUCCAAAUU